CCUUAACCGUUACCUAUGACUUUAUAUAUCAGGUGUUCACUGAUAGCGACCCAUUUUUUAACAGUUCACAUUUGAACCACUAUGUUGGGACUAGCCGCGAUCCUUGCCCUAUUUGCUCUAGCUGUAGCACAGCAUCAUCACCAUGGGGGAUUCUUUCCAGGUGGACAGUAUGAACAUCCGGAACAUGGCGGUGUCGGUUUUAUAUAUGACCCCACUACGCACUACUUGGUAGCCUCUACCCACUCGACCUGCUACUUCAUGCCCUUAGACGCCACCCAGCAGACUGCUUCACACACGUCGAGCGGAAUGGAGAAAUUAGAGCUCCAGAUGAUGGCCAUGAUGUCGGGUGGCGAGGAAGAGUUGACCAAUGCGCAAGUAGAAAAACACUCGCACCUCAUUGAUAUGGAGUGUCAUGGUGACAAACUAUACAUGGUCGGACCUCAACCAGGCGCUCCUUCUGUAUCAUCUCCAGAGCAGUAGAUUUCGACUGGUGGAUAUUUGAUUAAUUGUUUUCGGUACAGAACACUUUAUAAAUACAACUACAUGUAACAGACUUUGUGAUAUUUCAGCUGUGAUUCUGAUGAUUAUCUUCAAAUAAAGUUUCCAUUUAAGAUUG